AUGGACAUAUCUGCGCUAGUAAAUCACGAUGGGGAAGCAUCGGUGCUACCGCGCCGUUCACUCUCCCACCCCCAUUCCCUUCCCGCAUCCUCCCCUGUCACUCCCGCCGCAAAGAUACCGACGCCUAAACCCAGCCAACAGCAGAUGUCGCUGAAACGGAAGCGCCAUGACCCCAAGCCCAUAUGGGCGUAUCGCGAAGGCGAACAACUUCCGCCUGAGCUCAGACAGCUACAAGAGCAACAACGUCAACAGUCACGGCCCCCUCCGCCUGUUGUAGUCCCCCAGGCCCACUCACGCGCGCAACCUGCGCUUCCAUCGCACCCUCCUCCGCCGCGACCUCAGCCGUCUCCGAAAGCCGAACGAAAUGGACACGCGCCCAGCGAUACCGGCGCGCCUCCUUCAGUAGCCACUGCAUCUGGACUCUCUCGCUUCGUGCGGCCAAUGUUCCACGAUGCGCAACUCUACGACGUCGUCGCGCACGAAGUAUGCGAAUUCAUCUGGUCCACAGCCGUUAACAACGAGGCGGUACGAAACGCGAUCGCAGAUCCAAAGGUGCAACUGGAAGUCGAAGCGCGCUGGGGUCAGAUCCUAGAAAAGCAGACCGACCAGCGACUGCGCGGGUUCUGGAGAACAGAAUGCGUUAUCAAUACUGAGGCCUUGGAUGUCAAGUUCGAGAGCACUAUGACUGCUCUUCAACACAAGCGCAUGAACCACGCCCUCAACGCUCAGGUCCAGCAGUCGAAGAUACCCGGUGCUCCGCGCCCGCCGAUCGAUUACCGACAUACCUACGAGACGGACAUGUUCUACGAACUCGACCAGGAAGGCUUUUCCAUGUUGAAUCCUAUAGUUCAACGUCUCAUCAGCGCAUCCGGCACCCGACAGAAGGUCCGCGUGACCCGCGACAAGAAUACGGGCGAAUUCGUGCGAGCCAUGAUAAAGCACCGGAUAGGGAACCUCGAGAUCAGCUCUCCCAAGACAGAGUGGGACUACCGCAUCGGUAUCAACCUCGAAAUUGACUUCCCAGGCCCGAUUGAAAGUCUCAAGGCCGCGCUCGAGCCGGGAAAGACGCUGGAAAGUAUGCAGCGACAAAAAGACCGCAUGUCAUAUUCAUGGCUGGGCGCAUACCAAAUUGAUCUCACACAGGUCACACAAGGGACUAGCAAGAAUCAUGAGCUGGAGUUGGAGUUGGAUUCUGAUAUUCUCAUCGCUGAGGCAGACAAGGUUAGGCUCAAGCAGCCUACUGAGUUUGAGGACAUAAUCAGCGGAAUGAUGAACAAUCUGCGGGUUGCGUCACGCAUAAUCACGCAUCCCGCUUAG